GGGAUGAUUAUUUGAAAAAAAUAAUCAGAUCAAAAUUAGUAAAAACAUGGUCAAACUCAUCUGAGAGCUGUGACUUUCAAUUUCUUUCCACUUUCUCUCUUCUUCGCAACACCCACCGCCGUCAUGCGGUGGUCGCCGCCGAUCAGGCUCAGUGGCGGCGGCCUCGGAGUAGCAGCAAUGGCGUAUAUCACCAUUGAUUAUCUUCGAGAAAUCUCCCCUUUAUGGCAUUCUCGUCUUCAACCAGCUCUUUGGUCUAUUCUCUCUCUCAUCGCUCUUUCUCGAAUCUUCUCUUACAAGCAUUGGUCCGCCGAGUUUCGCGCUGUUCUUCCGUUUGUUGGGUCCGCCAUUUUUCUUCUCUGUGCUCUUCUUUAUGAAGCUAUCUCUGUUCGUUCUGUCACGGCCGUGCUCGGCCUUGAUUGGCAUCGAAAUACACCUCCUCUUCCAGACACGGGCCAGUGGCUACUCCUGGCUCUGAAUGAAAAGCUCCCCCAGACUGUGGUUGACAUUUUGAGAGCACACAUAGUUGGGUUGCAUCACUUCUUAAUGCUGUUUAUUAUGCUUGCUUUCUCUGUGUUGUUUGACUCUGUAAAAGCCCCUGGCUUUGGGCUUGGAGCAAGGUACGUGUUCACAAUGGCAAUUGGCCGUCUUUUGCGGACCUUAAGUUUUGCAUCAACAAUUCUUCCAUCAGCACGGCCUUGGUGUGCUGCAGCUCGCUUUCAAGUUCCUGGGCAUCCUCAUCGUUGGGCACAAAAAUAUUAUGUCCCUUAUGCUUCUGAUGCAAAUGCUAUACGUCAGUUAUUAAAUAAGGAUUAUGCUUAUGCUGAUCCUGGUAAAUUACUUGGUGACUACCGUCCUGACUGGGGUUCAAUGAGCUUUCUUAUCGAUUUUCUGCGCCCAACUCCUGCUGAGGGCUCUUCAUGGUUUCCUCUGUUGAAGAAGGCUGGAGGCGGUUGCAAUGACCUAGUCUACAGUGGCCACAUGCUAAUUGCUGUACUGACAGCCAUGGCUUGGACGGAAGCUUAUGGAGGUUUUAGUUCAGCCCUCGUGUGGCUUUUAGUCCUGCACAGUGCUCAGAGAGAAGUCAGGGAGCGUCAUCACUACAGUGUUGAUUGUGUUGUAGCUAUCUAUGUUGGUAUCCUCUUGUGGAAAAUGACAGGUUUUAUAUGGUCAUCUCAGAAUGUCUCUAGAAUGAAAAGACUUAGUAAGCUAGAAAAGAUACAAGGUAAGCUAAUCCAGGCUGCUAAAGAUUCCGACAUACAGGAAGUGCAGAAACUUCUGAAUGAAGUUGAGUUAGGAAGUCAGGAAAGACAGGGAGUAAGUAGUAAGAUUAUGUGGUUAUUCCCUUUGGUGACUACUAUCUCCACCUUUGCAAUCAUUAUUUUCACCUUAAUAUGGGCUAGUGAUGGGUGAUCUGUUGCUGCAACCAGCGGCCGUGAUCAACUCUGUAACAUUUUUCGCCACUCUUUUUCUCCUACAUUUGUAGCAAGCUGUUAUGUGUGAGAGUUGAAUGCAAUUUUAGACGUAGUGUAUUCAUAGAGAUCAACUCACAGUCUUGUUUCACAUAUAGGUGCUAUGAUACCCCCUUUCAUCCUUGUGGCUACAUUCAUCAGAUCCAGUUUUAAAAGCUUGUAAUGUUUUGUAUUCCUAUAAGAUGAAACAUUUUCUAAAAUAGUUGAAGCUGAGACAUUUUCUCAGAAUUUGUAACUGAUGAAUGGGGCAAUAGAAGAUAAGGCUUGUACUCCUUACUGUGCUUUUGGCACCUAACUUGUGAUUUAUGAAUUAUGAUGCAUUAUUGCAAGACA